AUAUCUCCCCUUCGCAGUGCCUCCGCCUUUUCUCCCAUCGCAGGAGGCGACGGGGUUUACCCUCCACACCCUCUCCCAGUCCCCGGCCUCCUUCGCCCACCCACCCUCCCUGCCAAACGUGCGGAGAAGCAGCCGCAGCCCCGGCGGCCGGGGGCGCGCGGGGAGGCGGCGGUGGGCGUGUGCGCGUGGGUGAAGGACACCACCUCUCGUUCGCAGGCGGCGGCGAGAGCGGCGGGGCUUCUCGCUCGGGCUGCAGCGGCGACCGCGGCGGCGGCUUCCGGAGUCCUGCCGAGAAGAUGCUCAAAGUCACGGUGCCCUCGUGCUCGGCCUCGUCCUGCUCUUCGGUCACCGCCAGCGUGGCCCCGGGGGCCGGGAACCUGGUCCCGGAUUACUGGAUCGACGGCUCCAACAGGGACGCUCUGAGCGAUUUCUUCGAGGUGGAGUCGGAGCUGGGACGGGGUGCUACAUCCAUUGUGUACAGAUGCAAACAGAAGGGGACUCAGAAGCCUUAUGCUCUCAAAGUGUUAAAGAAAACAGUGGACAAAAAGAUUGUAAGAACUGAGAUAGGAGUUCUUCUUCGCCUCUCACAUCCAAACAUUAUAAAACUUAAAGAGAUAUUUGAAACCCCGACAGAAAUCAGUCUGGUCCUAGAACUUGUCACAGGAGGAGAGCUGUUUGACAGGAUUGUGGAAAAGGGAUAUUACAGCGAACGAGAUGCUGCAGAUGCUGUUAAGCAAAUCCUGGAGGCCGUUGCUUACCUACAUGAAAAUGGGAUCGUCCAUCGUGACCUCAAACCAGAGAAUCUUCUCUAUGCAACGCCAGCCCCAGACGCACCACUCAAGAUCGCUGAUUUUGGACUCUCCAAAAUUGUGGAACAUCAAGUGCUCAUGAAGACGGUGUGUGGGACCCCAGGGUACUGCGCACCUGAGAUUCUUAGAGGCUGCGCCUAUGGACCUGAGGUGGACAUGUGGUCCGUGGGGAUAAUCACCUACAUCCUACUUUGUGGAUUUGAACCAUUCUAUGAUGAAAGAGGCGAUCAGUUCAUGUUCAGGAGAAUUCUGAAUUGUGAAUAUUACUUUAUCUCCCCCUGGUGGGAUGAAGUGUCUCUAAAUGCCAAGGACUUGGUCAGGAAACUAAUUGUUUUGGACCCUAAGAAACGGCUGACUACCUUCCAGGCCCUGCAGCACCCGUGGGUCACAGGUAAAGCAGCCAACUUUGUGCACAUGGACACAGCUCAGAAGAAGCUCCAGGAGUUCAAUGCUCGACGCAAACUUAAGGCAGCAGUGAAGGCCGUGGUGGCCUCCUCCCGGUUGGGAAGCGCCAGCAGUAGCCACAGCAGCAUCCAGGAGAGCCAGAAGGCCAGCCGAGAGCCAUCUCCAAUCCACGAUGGCAAUGAAGAUGUUAAAGCUGUUCCAGAAGAAGAGGAAGUUCAGGGAGAUGGGGCCCAAGUGGCAGUUGAGAAGGCAGAGGCCGAGCCGAUGAAGAUGCAGGCCGAGGGGGCAGUUGAAGAUGCUGUUGUAAAUGCUCCCGUGGCCACCAACAUGGUGCCCGAGGCAGUAGAGGCUGGGAUCAAGCUGCCUGACCCACAAGUGGAGGAAGGCCCAGCAGAGGAGAAGCUGAAGACUGCGGAGGAAGAAGCUGCAGCCCCCAAAGAAGGACAAGAAAACCCGGCUCUGGAAUUCGGAGCUCAGCAAAAUGAAGUGAUCCUGCCAGAGUACUAGGUGGCUUCCUCCCAGUCCAGAAGCCAAAUCCUGGUACACGAUGCAUUUUUGUCCUUCAGCAAGGAAGGUGUGGAAGCAUGAUAUGCACUAUAGUAAUUCUGUUUUCGAGGUGCAAAAAAUACAUAUAUAUCAGUUGGUAAUCCUAACUUCAAUGCAUGUGACUGCUUUAUGAAAAAAUAGUGUCUUCUAUGGUAAGUAAUGGAUACCUAAUACUGAUGAGUUAAAUUUGAAAUUGCAAGUAAACACAACAUAACAUUUUAAGACAUGCAUUUUCAGGGACCAAUAGCACACAUUUGAAGUAAAUAUUAACAAAGGUUUUUUUUUUUUGCUUUGAAAACCUAACCGUCCUCUACCCUUUGGAUUUCCUCAUGAGGCAGUCAGUGAUCCCUUCGGACUGUUCCUCGGCCGGUACUAGGUAGUGCCCUGAUGUGGGCCCCUGUGCCGCUCACACUUCACUUGUCAUGGGUUCCAGCUGUUUACAAGGAGAUGGUUAUACAUUACAUAUGUAAACACAUUUGGUAUGUGCAAAAAAAAAAGAAAUUGAAGCAUACUUUAACGGGCCAUGAAACCAUAUGCUCCAAAGCUUGUGUGAAGAAUGCUUUUUUAUUUUGUUCUUAUUUAUAUGAACUGUAUUACUAAUAAGAUGUCCUCCUGAUGGACAACACUUCAGAAAGAAUAAAGAAUUUUAGGGAAGAAAAGGAGGUAAGACCAGAACAAGGCCAGGACUUGGAAUAACAAGAUUGACUCCUUGUCAUUUUUCAAAUAAAAUUGAUUUAUUAAUGAGUUUGUACAACUUUAGGGAUAGGAGCAUUUUUAUAGAUAAAGUCUAUAAUUACUGAGUUUCAAAUAUUUAGAAAAAUCUAUUCCAUAGGCUGGUGCCAAACUGUCUGAAUAGAGCAGAAAGAGUAUUAUUCCAAGAUCUUUCAUUAUUGACUUUACUAGAAUAAGGAAACAUUUUUGUUUAUAAAGUAUUUUUCACUUCAAUUGACAGUUAUUUAGACAUACUGCUUAUAAACUAAAGAUAUUUCUGAAAAGCUAGUGUAUCUUCUCACACUUGGAAUCGAAGUGCCCACAUUUUGCAACAUGGUUUAGAAUGUCUUCAUGUCAAUUUAGGACAGUGAAACUUUUUAUUUACCUUGCAAAACAAAAAUAAAAGAAACAGAGAAUAAAACCGAUUUCAAGUGAGGCUUGAGAAGCUGUAACAUUAGACUUGAUACUUUACUAUGAUUUUUUCCAAACUAUAUUUCUUUGAUUUUCAUAUGAACACUUUUCCCUUAUAGAAAUCACAUUAAAAUUCCAAGUACCUCAGACUUAUUUCUAGUUUGAAAUGAAAUAAACACUUUUAUAAAAUCAUUAUGCAUCACAGUUUAGUACCUUUCCUUAAUUUCAAAAAAGAAUUAUAUUCAAAGGACAAGAUGAUAGACAAGAAAAAUGGCUAUUACAUAAAAAUCCUCAUCCAAAAAAAGAGACCUUGAAUUCUUUUGGUUCUUCCUCAAAACUAUUCAAUUGGAAAAUGAAACAAAAUCUCUGGUUCCUGGGGGCGAUUGGACCUGAACAGGCUUUCUGCCUUCCAAGCACAAAUCUUCAUUUACUGCUGUCCUCCGGAGAAUAAAACAAGGUAGGAUUUCUCAUCUUUCCUAGUUCAGAGGCCUGAUAGAUCACCAACAUGGAGAACAUAGCCCUUAAUUAAGUCACAUCAUCUGGGCUCAGAGCAAGAUUUUUUUUGUUUGUUUUAUCAUAUUAAGUACUAGAGACUACUUAUUCUCUUCUUCUGUGUUUCUGUCCUUUGUCUCUCUCAAAUUUUCCAUUUUAACUAUUAUGAAGGGCUCACUAUUGUUAACUGGUAAGAAUGACUUUUUUACUAAGCAUUGAGAUUUUCAUUAAAAAAGAUCACUUGGCAUACUUUUUCCAAUGAGACUUAACAGGUCUAUAUUGUAAAUGUUCCAUACAUUACAAACUGGAGGAAGAGAGGGGAAGAGCUCCUACGAGAGAGUGGUCAUUCAUCGGAAAGACCAGAGCCUCUCGCCCCGCCCAGCCCACACCCAGGUUGUUCCAAGGGCAGUUCUGUCAUCCCGACGCUCGGGGCUGACUGCAUGGUCGGCCCCGUGGACUGUGGGAAUAGCAAAGGAAACAGCACAGGAAGUGCCAGGGCCGACACGUGUGUGAGUUUAAGUGAGUGCACAUGCCUAUUCCUUGGUGACUACUUGACGGUGUGAGGGUAAUUUCCUUUGGUUUGGUUUGGUUUUAAUCUGUAAAUUGUACUCUUUAAAAAAAUCCAUGGGAGUUUUAAAGUUUGACUUGGGUGUUAAAGAUUAAGUCCUGACAAUGCCUAAAUAGUGGCUAAUUUAGUCAUUUGAGUGGAAAACAAGUCAAACUUUCAUAAAAAUAGGUCCUUUCAGCCAAAAGACUCCAAGAUUUCAUAGAAAUACAACCUAAGGAUAAUUAAUUGGGUUAAUGUUUUGAAAGCACAGCAAGCAUUUGUAUAUUAUUUGUUGAAAUGGGAUGGAUUAUCUUUCUCAAAGAUUAGCUAAAUAAUGGCAGAUAAACUGUAAUUUGACAUACUACUUCAUAAUGUUACCCCUAAUUGACAAUAGUCAAAUUAUAUUUAAAGCAAAAGAAUUAAGGGAAUUUCAGCAAAGAACAAUAAAUUAUAUUUUGUGUCUUAGAGCUGACAGUUAUGAUAGUACAUUAUUAAUUUUUGUUUUCAGAAAUGUUCAGAUGCACAGCCUAGACUGUUUUUCCACGGGGAAAGGCAGUCUUCAUCUCUCCCCUUUAAGAAGACUAAUUGGAAUCCCAGCGAUUUUUCUCAAACUAUAAGAGCUCGUUCAUUCCAUGAAUACAUAAAUAAGGUAGAAGUUAGAAUAAUAUGGUUGUAAAAGUUAUCAUCUAGAACAAGCAUUCUCUAACAUAAAUAUGAUGCAAGGCACAUUAUUAUGUACUUUUAAAUUUUCUGUUAGCCACACUAAAAAUUAGAUAAAAUUUAACUGCACUUUAAUCUGAUAGAUCCCAACUGUUAUUUCAACAUAUCACCAACAUGAAAAAUUAACACUUUAAAGUUUUAUUUUUAUACUGUCUUCAAAAUCCGGAGUACAUGUCACACCUUUAGUAAGUCAAGUGCUCCGUGGCCACGUGUAGCUAGUGGCUACCACAUUGGGACAGCUCCGUUCUAGAGUGAUUUUUAAGCAGAACGACGCCCGAAUGUCUAUGCUUAGGUUACAGCUGCCGCAGUUUUCCACCCAGACGAGCGGGUAGGAGGCCAGAAGGAAAAUGUUUCAGACAUGUCUCAGACUGAACCAGGUCGACACUCCGUUGGCCACUUCUGCUCAUUCGCGUGCUUCAGAGGACCGUCCCCCAACAUGCCUUUUAGGCAGCAGCACUUCCCUGGGCAUUGCCCGACUGUCCGUUGGCCACAGCCCCUGUAAUCCCUUUGGGCCCUGGAAUCUCGCCUACGGGCUAGUCUCUCCCUAGUACUGCCAGGCAGCCAGGAGUAUUCUCGUGGAGCCACAUUUUCUGUGGGCGAGCCAUGGGUCCCCAUGCAGGAAGGACUGUGUGCAGAAUCUUCAUAGGAUUUUGUAAGCCUGGCCUGGGUUGGCAGCUUUUUAUUGUUGCAGGCAACAGUUCCUUCAAGAAAUCUACCAAAGCCUACCAAAUUGGCAUGACCGAGAUCACCCACUGGGGAUGAGUGUCCCCAGAUGUGACUGUGACCGUCAGUGGGCAUCUUUCAGGUUUUCUUAGAAGGACUUAAUCAACACUGCCAUCACAUACGGAUCCAAAAGACUUUUGGGUAUUUCUCACAUACUGCUGUUUUAGAAUAAUCCUCAAGGUUCUAGAGCCAUUUUUAGUGGCAGUCUUAAAAAGAAAGAACAGUUUGCCUUCUGCUGUGACCUUAAUUACAUAGCAUUUUAAACAUAUUUUGUAAUUUAGCAUCGUUAGUAAUUCCUAUUCCCAGUGUCACAGGCAAGGUAACUGUGUGUGGGUUACCUACACACUGAAGAUUUAGAGUCAUUUUGUUUCAUAAUUUCAUAAUUACAGGGUUUUUUUUUAUAGAAUCAUCUGGUUGCAUUUCAAACUGGAAAAACCUACAACUUCCAGAAAAGGCAAAGAACAAAAUUUGUAAGCUACUCUGUUUUAAGAUUGUUCUUGCAAAAAUAUGCAAAAACAAAAAAGUCAACAAAGUGAAUCAGCACUGGCUUUUUCUUGAUGAAAGUCAACUCCACAUAUAAUUGACAUAAAUACACUAAGCAGAGCCAAUUACAUAAUUACAAUGCCAUUAUGUAAUUUACUUGUCAUUACAGAGUAUUCAGCAUACUACUUCAGAAGGUGAAAAGUUUACAGACAUUUACCUACAUAAUAGGAUUUGUAAAUCCUUGUAAUUACUGCCUAUUAGGUCAUAUUCCAAUUUUCUUAACGCUCGUCACUGACAUGUUUCCGAUCGGGGUUGUGGUGAACAUCUGCACACUUACUGGUUAAAUGCUGCUUAAUGGUUAGACGCUGUGUGUGUCUUCAGUGUAUUUUAAAAACAUUUAUGCACAUAUAAUCUCAAUAUUGGUACAAUAUGCAUAACCACACAAUAAGCAGAAAUGUACCCAAUAAUUUUCUGUAAUUUUUUUCAAAGUCCUUUUUUCCCCUGAUACAACUUAGAGGAAUUUUCUGAUUCCUUGACAAAUAGAGGGAGAAAGAAAAAAGACCACAGGAGAGGUAUUAGCUCUCCACCCAUGGCAAACAAGUUCAGCAUUUUCUCUUUCUAUAUCCUGAUACAGUAAGGACCAGUUUUCCUCAUACCUGUCAGAUAUCACCUGACACCAGAUAAUCUAGAUCACAAAGUCCAACCAUUUCUGUCCUUAUCUUGGAGAGCAAUUACAAACUUGACUAAUGUAUUCUUCCUUGUUUAAAAUCCAAUUCCUAAAUGCUUGUGAUAUACUUGAGAGGACUGGAUUGCUUGACUUGAACUUCCUUCACUCUCAGUUUUUUCUCUGUCACCUGCCCCGGAGGUCCACCUAGGGCAGGAUGCAAGUUCGUCCUUGGCAGUGGACCAGCCGACCCCUUCAUAGGAACCAGACAUCGCUCUAGUGAAGACUCCAGGCAUCUGACCUGGUUGAGCUCAAGUGAGCCAAAUGGAAGAAAACUUCUUCCCAUGCUCUGGUUGAAAGCGAUGCUGCUGAAUCUUGGUAUAUUGUCAUUACUCAUUAAUGGAAUUCCACUGAUCAUUUGCUCUCCCCAGUACCUUGGUUUGCUACCACUUGUCCCGCAUCUUUGCUUUGCUCCAUCUCUCUGGCCAUCGGCUGCCCUCGAGGACAGAGAGACCCUCUCUAAAACCCUGACGGGAGUGCCCUGCACUGGAUGCAGAAAUGGGAAGCCCUUGGCAGCCCAGAAUUUAGUCUGAAACUAAACAGCAGUGAUGACUAGAAAAUCACAGCAUUCUUUUUAGUAGGUCUCUCAGAACAUUUUGAAGAAAUUUUGUUGUGAACAUCUUGACCUGGAAAAUCCACGGAUAUGGAAUAUUUAUAUCCAUGGAAUCUUUGCUGUGGCUCAUUGUAUUAAAGAUGAUAGGGAUUUCAUUUCAGUCAGAUUAAAUGAUAAUCUUUAUUUUCCAUUUAAAAGAUAAUUUCAAGCUAUUCAAGUGCAACAGGAUGGUGUCAGAAUUCUGAUGGCUGUGUUCCCCCGAGCACGCUCUCCCUGACAAUCAGGUGCAGAUGACAAAAAAUUUACUAGGUUUUCUCUUUCUCUGUCUUUUCCUUGAUACACGGAUAGUAGUUAAUCUGGUCUGUCAGUGAUACAAGUAAGUAUGACUGUAAACUGAAAACUGUCAUCUCAUAACUGCCUCCUUUAACCUGACCUAUUUUAGAGCCCAUCUCAUAGCUGAUAUGCAGUGGCACUGGGUAGAUAGCGUACUCAUGAGUUACAGUUCCAUCUACAUUUACACUGUCAAGGCUAUUGUUUAUGUCAGAAGUUCCUAAGCUGUUUCCGCUCGUGCAGUGUCUCAGUAAUAUUUCCAUGUCCCUCUAAAACCACCAGAAUUACCUAACAUCCAUUUUUUAAGUAGUUAGAGCUGAAUAACAUAAUAAUAGAACUGCACUCCAUGUCUGACAGAGGUUGCUGUGUCCCCCUUGAAAUUCUAAGAUCUCCUAUGAGUUCACUGAGUGGGAACAGCAGACAGGGAUUUAAGUGAUGCCUUAUGCCCAAUGAACGCACAGUAUCAGGGAAAAGGGAUUAUUAGUAAAGGGGUCAGGGGCUUUUGUUUGUGCUCUUUCUUAUUUGAAUGCCAACAUCCUUUUAUCUAUGGCCUUUCUGAUAUACAUAUAAAACGUGUGCAUUUUUUUAAAAAGUAAGUUUCACAUAAUUACCUAACGAAAUAAAUUUUAAUCUCCAAAGAUCAGUUUUCAGGAGUCAGGCAAACUAUGGUUCACAGACUAAAUCUACCAGAUACCUGUUUUUUUUUUUUUUUAAUAAAAUUUUACUAAACCAUGACCAUUCUCAUUUGUUUAUAUAUUGUCUGUGGUUGCUUUCAUGCUUCGAGUACAGAGCAGUUUCAACAGAGGCCAUAUGGCCCAGAAAAGCCUAAAAUGUUUAUCUGACAUUUUACAUUAAAAAUUAAUGGGGGAAAACCCCCGAUUUUUCAAUGGCACCCUAUGCCUUUUGGUGGCAUCUAGGAAUGCAGAAUCCGAUGCUCCAGGGUUCUUCUCCUUCGCUGAAGACUUUUACUGCUGUUUGUUUCUUUGGAAGGUAGGAGAGCUUGUUUCUCUUGCCAGUGGUCCCACCACGGUGAUUGUGCUGGAAGGAAAACUUAGAAAAGUGUCCCUACAAAACUAAAAAUUGCAUCAUUCCUGCAAAAAAAAAAUUGGACUAUAAAUUGAUUUGGGUGAGAGAGGAAUUGAAAAGCUUUCUACGCUGGGAAUGUUUUAGAAAUUUGAUCCUUAUCUUUAAAACCGUGUAAAUAUUUUACACUGGUGUUUUCGUUCACAUUGAAGUCAAUCUGGGGAUGUUGCUUAGUUAGCUAAGAAAUGAGAGAGCCCUUUGGUUCUGAAUCCUUCAGAAUAGUUCCAGUUCUUUUUCUGUCAGUUGAAUUUUCAUUUAAUCACUUUUAGGAAAUCAUGGGCCAUGUUAUAGGACCUUCUGUGACGACUUGCUAACAGUCAGGUCUUUCGUGUAAGAAGGCUACUUUUUAAUCCUCAUGUUUUUCUGAGUGUUAUGUAUUUCAAUCCUCUGAAAAGAGGGGGCCCUGGAUGAAUGUGUUUUUUUACUGUUCUUACCUAUUUAGAAAUCCAAGAAGGACCCUUCUCCUAGUCUCUUUUUGUCACAGAGAAAUUAUUUGUUCUAUAGUAUCUGCCUUAAAGGAAGCUGGCGACCCAGAUAUUGAGAGAAUUAGGCAUGCGUGCGUGACCUUUGUGUUUGACUUGGAACAUCUGCAGCCAAAGGUUACAAAUGAGAUAUUGAGUAGAAAAACCUACUAUGGGCUUAUUAUUAGGAAUACCUAAAGUUAUAUGACUCUAAUGAGACAACGUACUGCCUUCUCUAAACUGUUGCAGCAAUUGAUAACAUGACAUAACUCUUACAGGGAGAGACCUGGUUCUUCUUGCCGAUGCCGUGAAGAAGUACAGAUCAGCAAAUGUGUUAGUAUGCAAGCAGAAUUUAUCGGGGAUAUGUUCGCAUGGAAGAGAACAGCCCUUGUAGGGGCUGGGGAUGGGAGAGGCAUGGGUUCAGGGCAAAGCAGGGUAAGGGCAGCCAAAGGCCGGGAGGCAAGCGUGCCAGGUUCUUUGUUCUGAGGACUCACAUAGUUGGCAGGAUGGCAUUGAAGAAGUUAUAUAUUGAUUGACAGGUAGAGACUGAGCCAGCCUUGGGGAGGGAGAAGACUUGAAUACCCAAAGUAGUUAAUAGGCUUCUCCCUUUGGUCACUGUGGGCCUUUUCCAGCCUUUCAGGCCCUGGGAUGAAAGCACCCAGUUCCAAAUGCUUUCUUUCCCAGAUGGUGGAAAAGAUGUAAGAAUUUCAAGGGCUUCCCUCCUUCCUGCCUUGGUUUUCCUUCUGGCCGCUCAUUCUACUGCAACAUCACCACUGGGACACACUGUAGAACGUGGGGGGAAAAGAGAUGAACCGUCUGCCAGCUUCUCUCAGCUGAUGUGUGUAGGGGGGAGAGAAUUAGAAUGGAAGAGGGAAAAGAUAAAAUGUAGAUUAGGAUUCCACAUUACUACUGCUCGUUCUUAAUUGCUCAGUUUGAGGGCAGUUGUCAAUGUAUUGAAAUGAACAUUUCUACCUUUCUCUCAAUAUCAGGGGUGCCUUUUUCCCUUAGAAAUGAAUAGACCAAAGUCAAUGGCUAAUUUUCCUCUCAGAACCAUUUUAAACAGUGGAGUUUAGGGGAUAUUAGGUCUACAUCACAAGCACACUGUGAGGAAAUGAUUUGCUGAUUUUGAAGCUUCCAGGAGUAGCCCACCCCAGGAACCCAUUUUCCUGUCGGCUUUCACUGAGAAAGAGUUUAGUACAGUGAGGGAGGCAGAGAUGAAUUCAGUGCACUAGAAGUGAGCUUCAUAGCCGCAGACAAGUAACACAUGGAGCCUGCGCUAUAUUUAGUCAGGUAGUAAGUCUUCUGGGAUAGAAAGAGAAAGAGCUCCCUUCUGCCUGGAAUGAUCAAGGAAAGCUUCAUGGGAACACAGGCUGGAUUUGAAGGGUGGGCAGGGUCUUUGCAGGUAGGGAAGAGGAAGGGGUCAAGUUUGGCUGAGAAAUCUAGAGUGACAAAAUGCAAGGCAAAGUGGUGAAGGAACACUUUGGGUUUGAAAGGCUGAAAUCUAAGGGAAGUGCUGCUAAGUCUGAACAAGUUUCAGACCUUGGGCAAAGUUGAAUUAGACAGACCUUGCUCCUUUCUUAUUCUGGGUAGACACUGUGCAUUUCCUCAGAGUACGUAGCCCUCUGUGAUCUCCAUACUUUACUAUGGGAUAAUUUGGCAUAUCCCUAAACAGGAUAAAAAUCACUCGAGACAGCAAAGAAAUGUUUGCAAGUCACCAGCUGAAGCAAAGACUGCAUUGGUUUAGCUAGGUCUCCACUGACAAAGCAGAAUAAUGACUGAUCAUCUAAGUAAGUUUUGCAGAACUCCAGUAUCUGAUGAGCUCUGUGACUAGAAAUCACCAAACAACUUGCUAAAGCUUUGCUAAUGGAGGCCCACAUCAAGGUUACCUCUGCCGUAGUUAUUUUAACCCUUCAGAAAAGAUCUGACCCAAAAAGGCACUCCCCGCAGGAAUUGACACAGAAUUAUACCUGCACAUUUAGACUUCAAAAGAUAACCUGUACCUAAAGCUAAGUCUCAGAUGAAAUUUUAAAUGUUCACAACCGCUUCCCUCAAACAUCAAGCUCAUCCUGUUAAGUCCUUUCUUCUUCAUCCCUGUCUUGCCCCUUUACACCCCCUUCUAUAAAUCCCUUCUUGUAUCAUUCAUUGCAGGAAGUAUUUCACAACCAUCUUCAAAAAAAAGUUACUUUUUAAAAUAUUUACCAAUGAGGAUCAGAUUAGAGCAGAUACACUGUUAAUCAUCGGGCCACCUUGCUCGUUUUGGAUCCUGUCUGUGAGUUGUGAUUGGCUGCCCUAUUCUGGGCAAACCAGAGAAGGAACGAAGGUCAACUAUCAUCUGAGAGAUAGAGGAGCAGCUAAGACAUAGAGACCGGGAGGUGCGGAACAUACAACUUAGCAGGCAUUGAGAAAGAAGGACUUCCUACCACAGUUCCCCAGGCUCACGGGGCAUUAUCCACUAUGUCUUUUCAGUCCAGGAGAAAUUUGUAUUCCUGGAUCGUGAAAAGUGUACUGGCCUAAACAGACACAAGCAUCUCAGUAGCAGCAUGGGGGAUUCGAUGAAUGGGUCCCAUUCUAUACAGGACACCUAUGUCUCCAAGGAGCUUAGAUUGCAAGUCAUUAGCCAAAAACAAGUACGUGUAGGGUUUGGAGGACAAAAAAAAAAGUAUCACUAUACUUACCCAGGCAAGAUUGUAGGUUACCUCCCCAUCUUCUGGUUGAAAAGUAUUGAAAAAGGAGCUGUGAACAUUUCAUUUUUAAAACUUGUCAAAAUGGUGCUAUCGACUCCUUCAUACAAAGAUAUAUUGAAAUUUUUUUAGGUAAACAUGUAAGUUUGACCCGGCCACAAAUGUAAAUAAAGAAAAUGUUUGUAGAGAACUCAUCAAAAUUACACCCAUUUGCUUUUGACUGAGCUGCCUUGCUCUCCAAUGAGAGUCCCAGCUGCCAACAGAGGGGACACGACAGACUCACUGGCGCCCUCGGCAGCCCAAAGCCGUGGGCAGACAACAUCAGAGCCACAGACAACUGUGGCUGCUUCUCGGUCUUGGGUUGAACAACCUGACUGAAUGACUAAAUAAGCUCAUUUUUUGAUGUUUCCCAGGAACAUAAAGGAAGGAUAUGCAACGUGAGACAAAAUGGAUAUCGGGAAAUUGUUGAAACUGACCUUAGCGAGGGCCAAUGUUACUUUGUGUAGUAAGUCACCCAGAUGUGUCAAAAGACCAUGCCAAAAGCAGCAUAUAUCUAGCUGCUGGGAAGUCUGUAAAGCAAUUUGCAUGUUCGAUAUGGUAAUAAAUCAUCUAAGAACCCACCGAAA